GGGCUGCUUUUUUCGUUGCUGACUUUGGCUCACCGUCGCCCCUCUCCCUCGCGCAGGCGCAGUAUUUACGAACUUGGAUAUUCGAAGCGUAUUGGCGUGUUAAGAAAGAUGGCGACCAACACUCAAGAACAGGAGCUCCGUGAAGACGACUCUAUCCAAAGCGCAGCAAAUCCUCGAAACAUGCAACAGUCCCAACCGCCGCCUGCAGUACGGUUCAAGUCCACAAUUGAAGAGAUUCAACCUGACAAUGCGACGUCCACAAGCCUACCGCUCUCCGGGGGUGAUUCCCUCGGAGACCCCGGAGAAGUGACGCCGGAUGAGAUUCGCGAGCUCUCUAGGAGGUUGAAGGCAUGCCCGCUUCAGGAACGCAGAAUGAACAUAUUCUCGUACGAACCAGUCUCCCUGCCCGCAUCAAGGAGCACAUCCCGCGACGAUGAGUCUCGAGAGCCCAGCCGCCAACCCACCCGAAGCUCAGGGGGACACGGCUCACCACAUCUAAACGCCACGCGGCGAAGCCCCGACAUGCAUUCACCACCUCUUACCCCAGCGGGCACGGACACCACGGAAGGAUGGCCCAGACGAGAACCCACUGGCCAUCAUGAUCGAAUGGGGAAAGCUCCCGACAUUAUCACGCCCCAGGACUCGACACACGAGCCGCCGUCACCUGGCUCAGCCCGCCUGUCGGUCCCUCAGCAUAUUUCGGCGGAUCGCGAUCGGGCUUCCCGGAGGCCCGCGACCUCCGACGGGAGAGAGCACACACAGGCGACACUCGGCGGACACCGCAAGGGGUUAUUCUCGGUCGGCGCUGGCAGCAGUUCGACCUCGCCAGCCAAUUCGGUGCCGCCGUCCCGUGAUAGUAGUCCAUCGCGGGCGGCAGCUGCUUCCCAAUUCUACUCCCGGCAAGCCCCUCCCCCGGGAGAGGCGGAUGACCCCUACGCUGCCAGCAAGCGGCAAGCACAGAAGGGCAUUGAUUCCCGGUUUAUCUUUUCUAGGAAGAAGAAGCAGGGGGCUUCGCCUAGUUCGUCGACCCUCAGCCUGCCAAGGGCGCUGGGGGAGAAACGGCAGUCGGACGAAGGCCUUGCUCAUAGCAGGAACAGCUCGAUGGCGGACUUGAAACGGUUUUUCAAACUGACUCCUAGCGGCAAGGCGAAGCGGACGUCAUCGCCAGCCGCCUCCGUCAAGUCUGGCGCCAAGACCGUGUCCAGCUCUAAGUCGGCACAGAUACCCUUCGGCGACGACCAUGGCCUGUCAUCCAAGUACGGAAAGCUGGGGAAAGUGCUAGGAGCGGGUGCGGGAGGGUCCGUGAGGUUGAUGAAGCGCGCUGAGGAUGGGGUGGUCUUUGCCGUCAAGGAAUUCCGACCCCGGCACUCGUACGAAACGGAGCGCGAGUACGUCAAGAAACUGACCGCCGAAUAUUGCAUGGGCUCUUCCCUUCACCAUGGCAACAUUAUCGAAACGCUGGAUAUUGUUCAGGAGAAGGGAAAGUGGUAUGAAGUGAUGGAGUACGCCCCGUAUGACCUAUUUGCCAUCGUUAUGACGGGCAAAAUGUCUCGGGAGGAGAUCAGUUGCUGCUUUUUGCAGAUUCUGAGCGGCGUGACAUACCUCCACAGCAUGGGCCUGGCACAUCGAGACCUUAAACUCGACAACGUGGUGGUCAGCGAGCACGGGAUCAUGAAGAUCAUCGAUUUUGGGAGUGCCCACGUCUUCAGGUAUCCAUUCGAAUCCAGCAUCGUCCCGGCAACCGGUAUCGUGGGCUCGGACCCGUACCUUGCACCUGAGGUAUACGACGAGAAGAAGUACGAUCCGCAGGGUGUGGACAUCUGGUCCUUGGCCAUCAUCUUCUGCUGCAUGACGCUCAGGCGGUUUCCCUGGAAGCUUCCCAGACUAUCCGACAACUCUUUUAAGCUGUUCGCUGCCGACCCCACGCCAGGCCAUGACCCUAAAAAGCUUCUUCAUCCGCCCUCCAGCUCUAUGACGGCGUUGAGUGAGAUCCCGGCGCGGGAUUUCGAUCCGGAAAGCCUCCGUGAUGAAGGCAACAAAGCGGUAAAUCGUGAUGAGGCGACGCAGACUGAGAGGCCGUCAACGACAGCAACAUCCACCGGCCACGACAGAAACACCCAACACUCGACCGCGGAAAAGAAGGAAGUGAUCCGCGGUCCGUGGCGUAUCCUCAGGCUGCUUCCUAGGGAGAGCAGGUACAUCAUCGGGCGCAUGUUGGAGUUGGACCCGAAGAAGCGCGCGAAGAUGAGCGAGAUACUGGACGAUCCGUGGGUGGCAGAUACGGUCAUCUGCCGGCAGGAAGGCGGGCGAGUCGUGAAUGCUGAGGACCACACACAUGUAUUAGAGCCGCCUGCGCCGCCGCCUGCUGCUAAGCCUUAGGGGGGCAUUGAGCGGCCACAAGCAUGAGCAAGCGGGAGAGUGGACGCGGGGUCGGGAAGGUUGCUAGCGAGGUUGGGAUUGUAGGAUACCAGGUUGUCUGGACAACGAGUUUCAGCCGAUUUUGUAUUUUCUGGCGUUCAGGGGUCUUGGGAGUCACGUCUGAGAGAAAGCGGGUUGCAUAUAGACUUGGGAUUCAUUCCUACAUGCAGAGACUCUGCCACCAGAGAUUGGGUAACGGGAAGGGGUUUAUUAAGUAAAUUAGAGCGUAGUCCGUGCAUCAUUAGAGGAUGAGCCCGUACAUUGCAUUAAAUACUACUUCUUUACCGUAGAUGGGGUC